ACGUAUUAAGACAUCAAAUGUUGUCAUACAUCAAUUGUAUACAUUCCCAGCAUGUUUAAAACAUGCAACGAUAAGAUUAACAGGGUGAACAUCUUCUACGAAUGCACUUGAUUAAAUAGAAUUCGGUGAGUAAAUGCUUGUACAUUUUUCACUUUGCAUUUUAUUUUUAGCAUUUCAGUGAAUGGGACAAAUUUCAAUCAUUACGAAAAUUAAUCUUCACACAAUAAAUGGAUCAACAUCAAGUGCUUUUAAGCAGGUAUGCAGAGUAAAAAGCUAAGCUAUGUCUUCAGCUUAAAGAGAUCUGACAUUGUUGCUGUUACUGUUAGAGAAACUCCAAAAGAGCAAGGAUUCGUUUGGUAGAAGAAAAGAGCACCAAUUGAAGAAUAAAAGAUCAUUUAGGCUACGAGCCGGAUUAGAACUGGCAAUGUGUUCGACUAUGGAGCUGCUUGCAACUAUAAAGAUCUUCACAUUUGCAUUUGUUUUGCAAAGAACGGAAGCAAGAAUCUACGGAGUGUUUGAAGUUGCUGCACACGAGAAGAUUUUCAAAGAAGCUUUGAUUAAGAUUAAUGUCAGUACUAUAAAUGCCUCUUCAUACUUUCCACUAAACUUGAGUUUAAGCCAAUUUGUGGACCGGGGAAAUGACAUUGCCAAAGAAUUGAAUGGACAUGGAAUAAGCGGCGGAUAUGUCUUUAAUGACUUAAGCAAUGUGAAAAAUGAGAUCUUCAGAGAAAUUUCGAAUUAUGCAAAAGGCAAUGGAAGAAUUCAUGCCAAGAAUGCUUUCAGUGGUCUUGACCGGAUUGCGAACCAUUUAUCUGAGGCUGAUGAGCUGGUCAAGUUCAUCAAUCAAAUUCCUCCCCCAUCCAAUCAAAUAUCAAUCGUAGUCGAUGAUUCAGACCUAGGCCGUGCUUCACUUACCCGCAUUGUUCAGAAAUGCGCAGAAUACGGCCUAAAUGUUACUAACAUACAAAUGGUAAACAAAAUUACUAGGGGAACCAUAUUUGCCUUAAAUAUGCACAAAAGCAAUGUACUAGUUGUUGAUGCUGAUGAACAGAAAACAGUCAAAAUCGUUAAUAUGGUGAAACACUUGGGCGUGGCAGGGUAUCGUGAGGAGUUUUACUGGAUGAUGACCAAACGAUCAACUGGACAACUCCACAGGCAAUGCAACUUGCUUCCUCACAUAUAUCGAUAUGUAGACUUUGUUCCUGCUUCGGUGUCGUCAGAUUAUAUAAUACAGAAGAUUGAGCGACAAAAUGUGGCGAGUUAUAAUUGGAGUCAGGAUGCUUCUACGGGAAUAAAAACGUCUCUGAAAGAACUCAACACCGAAACUAAAUUGUGGUUUACUGUGAAUGCGCCACUUAUGCACCCUGAACACCAUUCUCACCCUUCAAGCGAAGACAAAGAUUUGAAACCAGUGGUUCGAGUGGCAAUCGCGCACACUACCACACCCUGGGUGAUUUUGGAAGAGGCUAGCAAAAUUAACACAGACAGAGAGGCAUGCAGUCGUGCUGGCAUGUUGGGAGAGAAGUAUAUCAAUGGAACAGGCAUUGUGAAGAUAUGUGCUUAUGGCUAUGCCAUCGAUUUACUAAAUCUUUUGAAAACAAAGCUCCUUUUUGAGGCUGUAAUUUCCACCUCAAAAGACGGAACAUAUGGAUCUUAUGACUUAGAAACAGGUGAAAGUGAUGGAAUUGUUAGAGAAGUGCUUGAAAACAAAGCCGACAUUGGCAUCGAUCUAGCCGAAAACAAAGGAAGAUCGAAGGCACUUUGGUUUUCGAACCCUCAUCUCAUUGGUCCAAUUGCCUUUGGGUACAUACAGAACAACAACUUUGAUGAAUCCAGUAUUUUUGGUCCUUUCAGUAAGAACCUUUAUAUCGGAAUAAUUGGAAUGAUUGUAGGGCUAGUUGUGAUCGUUUUUGUAACAGAACGUGUCAGUCCUUACAGUGGAUUUCAAAUUAGACAACGAUCUUUUGUCGACAUAAAAGACUUUGGAGCGUUUGACAGUACAACGUACGUAUGGGGCACCUUAUUUACAGGCGAAAUAAUUGAAAAGAAACCAAAAUCAUCUGGAAGCCGGACAAUGGUACUUGCUUUCUCUUUUGUAUCCGUUGUUAUCAUAUCGGCAUAUUCUGGAAACCUUAUCGCUUACCUGGUAGUUCUAGAUGAAACACACCCAGUCUCAGGAUUGCUCGAUCCAAAGAUAAUUGCAAAAGAAAGCAAGAUGAGAGUUGGGAUCCCUGGCAGUACAUUCGUUGAUGGAUUGAUCAAGACACAUUCAGAUGCAAGAGUUAGAAACCUUUAUGGAAGACUGACGCACUGCCCGAGUCUUGAUGAAUGUGUGCUAAAAUUAAAGAAAAAGGAAAUAGACUUAAUUCUGUAUGACAGUCCAACCUUGAGACACUAUGCAUCGAUUGAUCACAGCUGUUCGUUGAGAGUCAUGGAGCUGACAGAUCGAGAUCGUGCGGUGGGAAUCGUUGCACGCAAAAAUUGGUCAUGGACGAGGAGGGUGAACACAGCCAUCAAUCAUUUAGUGGUAUCUGGAAGUGCUGACCACAUUUUUGCUAAAUGGUUCGGAAAGGUUCCUUGCAAGAAAACAAGCACAUUUUCUAGCCUUGAUAUUAAAAUGCUUAAAUACCUUUUCAUCUUGCUCGCAGGCUUUAUGGCUGGGUUAAUUAUUUUUAGUUUAGCCUUGAGAAUCGCUAGCAGUUUUGCCAAAGACGAGAACAUAACGAAGAUGAAGAGAACUGUUGAAUUUGGCAACAGCAUCAUGUUUGAAAAAAGUACAGUCUGCUCUCGAUAAGUGGAACCCCGGAUAAGUGGAACUUUCGUUUAGUGAAACCAAUUUCUCCGGUUCCUUGGACUUUAACAAAUCAUUAACAAACCUCUCUUAUCUUAUUCGGAUAAGUGGAACCUUUGAUAAGUGGAAACAUUUUCUUGUUCCCAUUAGCAAUAGUUAUUCACCUAAGUGAAGUUUUUCCAAAAAAAUAAUCUUAAGUACGUUCGAAUGUUCGAAUCAUUUUAAUCAAUAUUGCAAACAUUCGAUUGCUAUCAAGUAAUUAAAGAAAUGGCAGCUGUGCAUUCUUCGAAACGAAGACUUGCCUGUUUAACUACAGUCAACAAAUACAAGGCUUUCAAAGAAAUUUAUGCAGGCCCUAGCUACAGCAAAGAAAUAUGGUGUUGCUAGAAACACCGUUUCACACUGGGUAAAAAAGAACGCUUAAAUAUUUGAAGCAGUUGAAGGAAAUCUCUAAAACAAGUUUUUUUGAAACUUUCACAAACUCUAAAACAAGCGCGUAUAAAAGAUUAUUUUGCAUAACUACAUUUCUUUAAAAAUAAUCAUCAUAUGGAACAUAA